UUUGCUGGCACUUUUAGCUACGGAAAAAGACAAAAUCCACACAAAGUUGGAAGAAACAGUUGGUCGGAGGCUUCCCACUCUCCUGUUCAUUUCACACACACUCGUUUCUGAUCAGCCAAGAAAGGAGGAGGAGGAGAAGAUUUGAAUAUGAGGGUUCUGUCAUACCUGCAAAGUGCUUUUCAUGGACGGCCUUAUGCCUCUAAGUUAUUGAUUCUCUGCUCUAUAAGUAGUGGAGGUCUCAUUGCAUAUGCAGAUUCUCAAUCAGACGGCAAAAUGUCCAUUGUUGAACAUGGUAAUAAGAAAUCACAGAAGAAGAGGGUGGUUGUGCUUGGGACAGGAUGGGCCGCUACUAGCUUCCUGAAGGAUCUGGAUAUUUCUUCCUAUGAUGUGCAAGUUGUCUCCCCGAGGAAUUAUUUUGCAUUUACUCCUUUGCUGCCUAGUGUGACAUGUGGAACAGUUGAGGCACGAAGUAUUGUAGAGCCUGUGCGGAACAUGAUAAAGAAGAGAAAUGGUGAAAUACUAUUUUGGGAAGCAGAAUGCCUGAAGAUUGAUGCAGCAAAUAGGAGGGUUUUCUGCAAGUCCACUGUUGACGAGAAUUUAGCAGGAAAAGAUGAAUUUGAUCUAGAAUAUGAUUGUUUGGUUAUAGCAGUAGGUGCAGAAGUUAAUACUUUUAACAUUCCUGGUGUAGCAGAGUAUUGCCACUUUUUGAAGGAAGUAGAAGAUGCUCAAAGGAUCCGGAGGACUGUAAUUGAUUGCUUUGAAAAAGCCGUUCUUCCAGGGUUGACAGAUGAAGAACGAAAAACCAAUCUACAUUUUGUUAUUGUUGGUGGAGGUCCAACUGGUGUAGAGUUUGCUGCAGAGCUACAUGACUUUGUCUACGAGGAUCUAGUCAAUAUAUACCCCGGAGUUAAAGAUUUAGUAAAAAUAACAGUGAUCCAAUCUGGGGACCAUAUUCUCAACACGUUUGAUGAAAGAAUUAGCACGUUUGCUGAGCAGAAAUUCAGUAGAGAUGGUAUUGAAGUUUUAACAGGACGGAGGGUUGUCAGUGUUUCUGAUAGAACCGUAAACAUGAAAAUGAAAUCAAAUGGAGAAGAUAUUUCCAUGCCGCAUGGGAUGGUUGUCUGGUCAACUGGAGUAGGCAGUCGUCCAGUUGUGAAAGACUUUAUGGAACAAAUUGGUCAGGGCAGUAGACGUGUUCUAGCAACUGAUGAAUGGCUGCGAGUAAAGGGAUGUGAAUAUGUUUAUGCUCUUGGUGAUUGUACCCAUCUCCAGCAGAAGAAAAUUAAGGAAGAUAUCUCAGAAAUAUUUAAAGCAGCAGACAAGGAUAAUAAUGGGAGUCUCACGAUUGAGGAAUUUCGAGAAGUGAUUGAGGACAUUGUCAUUCGAUACCCCCAAGUGGAACUUUACCUACAAAGCAAGCAUCUGUUUGAUGUGGUAGACCUAUUCAAGGACCCCGAGGGUAAUGAUAGAGAAGAGAUAGAUAUUGAAGGGUUCAAGUUAGCCCUUUCUCAUGUUGAUACACAGAUGAAGAGUCUUCCUGCGACUGCUCAGGUAGCUUCUCAACAAGGUGCAUAUCUAGCUCGGUGCUUCAACCUUUCGGAGAAGUGUAAAAGAAAUCCAGAAGGCCCGCGCCGUUUUAGAAGCGGUGGGCGUCAUGAAUUUCGCCCUUUCCGGUAUAAGCAUUUUGGGCAAUUUGCUCCGCUGGGUGGGGAGCAAGCAGCAGCCGAACUUCCUGGAGAUUGGGUUUCUAUGGGUCGUAGCACACAGUGGCUCUGGUAUUCUGUUUACGCAAGCAAGCAAGUUAGCUGGCGAACAAGGUUGUUGGUGGUCAGUGAUUGGUCAAGGAGAUUCUUUUUUGGGCGAGAUUCAAGUCGCAUUUGAUGCAGACAUCCAAGGGCUGUAGCCAUUCUCUAAGUGAAAACCCGUUUCUGGGAAGUUUCUCACUGAUUGCCCCUUAUAGUGUACAUCCUUCAUACCUCUUUCCCUAACUCCCUGCAUCCUCCCCCCCCCCCCCCCUCCUCUUUUCCAAAAGAAAUAGAAAAGCAUUGCUUUUGAAUUUUCAGAGCAGGAGUUCACUUACAUUUGGAGUUUCAUAAUGUAACUAGUCAUAACUGUGCAUUGCUGUUGCACUUAAUUGGUGUGUAUGGGACAACGUGCUAUGGUUCACUGCUGUUGAAUUUGGCUGCAAAGAAGAUUGAGAAUGGACGAGUUUCUCCACAUAUGUUAAGUGUUGGUUGAAUAUCAGUGCAUGGAAAAAUAAAACAUCUUUGCCUUGGUA